CCUAGUGCCAUCAGAGUUAUAUGUUCCGUCAGCGUGUGUUACAAGGAGGUUUUUCUUGCUCUGUGGAACAGUGGAACAUGGCGAGCUGGUGUGUGCGAGCGGUGAGACAAAGCUACUCACUUGUAGCUUCACCUGUGCUAAUAAGAGUGUCUCCACGAUUGUUAUGCACAGCAACCCAGCAGAAGAAUGGCCAUGGUUCAGAUGAGGAGGCUGAGAAGCCAGAGCAGAGUGCAGCAGAGAAACUCCUGGUGGAGGAGAAGGCCCAGCUGGAAGAAGAGCUCAAGGAAAUGACAGAAAAAUACAAGCGGGCCUUAGCAGACACAGAGAACCUCCGGACAAGGAGUCAGAAGAUGAUAGAAGAUGCUAAACUAUACGGGAUCCAGGGCUUCUGUAAGGACCUGCUAGAGGUGGCAGACAUCUUGGAGAAGGCCACAGAGAGCGUGCCCAAGGAGGAGGUGACAAGCCAGAACCCUCAUCUGAAGAACUUGUAUGAUGGCCUGGUGAUGACCGAGGUCCAGAUCCAGAAGGUCUUCACCAAACACGGCCUGGUCAAGCUCAAUCCAGACGGCCAGAAGUUCGACCCCUACGAACAUGAGGCCCUCUUCCAAGCCCCUGUGGAGGGCAAGGAGCCUGGCACUGUUGCCGUAGUAACCAAAGUUGGCUACAAACUUCACGGUCGCACCCUCAGGCCAGCCUUGGUGGGUGUGGCCAAAGCCCCCUAGAAGUGACGAUCUAACUGACAACGUAGGCUUCGCUUGAGUGAGGGAUGACCUAAGGUACAGCACACUGGUCGAGAGUUAGAGAUGGGAUCAAACUGAACCAAACGUUGUAUCGGAACAAUGUCUCCCAGCUUUUACCUGAUACAUUUACACUUAUACUUUGUCUGGCACAGGAAAGCCGAUACAGUAGAAUUUCAGCUUGUCAUCAGUCCUGUGAGUUAUUCCCCAGUCCAGUUAUUGUCAGACAUUGUCAAAAACAAAACUUUACCAAAUCAAAGGCUUUCAUGUUUCCUCCCACAACCAUACAUUUUAACUGGAAAGGUGCACAGAGAGUUUAAAAGAUGAUAAUUAACCCCUCUAAUGAAGAGACUUGUUGGGCUGAGCUAUGAUGUACAAUCCAUCUACAAAUUGAGUGAUGCUCUCUUCAUGGACGGUGAGCCAGCCUCCGUUAUUUCCUUCACCACAACUUGGCUCAGUGGAACCUGACAAUAAUGCAACAACUUAUCUACAAACACUUAGAAUAAUUCUGUUUAUGGACCUUUGUCCAAACUGUCACAGUAUCACAAUAAAUGGAUCGACUAUGAGAGACGUCUUGGUUUAGUGUUUUUUUACUUUAACACACAUCUUGAAAAAAAAAAGUGUUUUCCUACUUAGUGCAGAGUUUUUCAAACUGUACGUCACAGAGGGAGAGACAUGAGGCAGAGAUACUGCACUGUAGAUAUAUUUUCAAAUUGUACAUCACAGAGGGAGAGACAUGAGGCAGAGAUACUGCACUGUAGAUAUAUUUUCAAACUGUACGUCACAGAGGGAGAGACAUGAGGCAGAGAUACUGCACUGUAGAUAUAUUACAUAUAGAGAGGGAAUUAUGAUGUAUCAUAUAUAGUAAAAAGGCUUUUUGCUUAUUUUCUUAAGAUAUUUUUCAUGUAAAAGAAGAUUAUGUUAAAGGAUGUUUCUAGGGAUGCACAAUAUUUGAUUUUUUUGCCCAUAUCUGAUAUGCUGAUAUAUGACAACUUAUUUGGCCGAUAACCUAUAUCAAUUAUCUACUUUUCUCCCAAUCUAAUUUUAGUGAUCAUCAAGCCUCUUCUAUAGUGGAAUUAACAUCAUAUUGUGCAUGCAUACUCUUAUUGUGAUGGCCCACCAGCAGAUGGGAGACAUAGAAUGCUUGUCAAUGUAUGUAAUAGUUAUUCCAUUGUGCAAAAUAAGGAAAAGCAUGCUGGCUGAUUCUGAUAGUUAAUUUUAAAUCUGAUAUCUGCUAAUAUCGAUGAUGUCACAAUAUUAUUAUGCAUGCAUGUUGUUUCAUAGAUGUGUAUUAUUGAAUUUGUGCUCAUUCAAAGGUAGUGUAAUGAAGGACUGAAUGAGUGGGGGGUGUUAGUUUUCUGAUAUGGUCAUCAGUCAUGCUUAGUCACAUUUCAUCAGUGUGGUCCUCCAAACCAUGUACAAGUCAAAUACUACAGCUGUAUUUAAAGGAUAACUCUGCUGAUAUUUUACAUUUGUCUUAUUCUUAACAAAUUCCUUCAAAAGACCAAAACCAAAAACGAAUUGAUUCUGCCAUCAAAAUUUGUGUGUGUAUUUUAUUUCUCUAAAACCUGGAAAUUUGUUAGCAUUUUAACACUUCUGGUUCGUCUCGAAGUCAGUGGGUUUUUAUGCCUCCACACUUGAGAUAACUGUGGCCAGAGACAUUAUGUUUUUGUGUUGCUCAUCCCUCCAUACGUCCCAUGUUCCUAAACGCAAUAUCUCAAGAAUGCUUUGAGGGAAUUUCUUUAAAUUUAGCAUAAACGUCCUGUUGUGAAUACUUACGUGCAAUCAUCUCGGGUGCAGAAGUCACUAAUGAUGUAAGUUUAAUAUUGCUACUGUGGUGUUUAUAUGGCAAAAUUGCUUAGUUAUUUCUCUAUAUUUUGUGAUUUUUAGGUUUGUUUGUUGGACUUUUGUCAUAUUGAUGAAGUUUGUUGCAGUCAUUAACCUGUUGAAUAUUAAUGUUGAGCUAACUGAGUAGCCUAGCUGGCAGCCUGCCUUAUCAUUACUGUAAAUCUACUGUGUAUGUGUUUUCUUUACACUGUUAGGGUGAAAGUGAUUACUGUCACAUGUGACACAUAUGAUGUCUUAGGUUAAUGUUGGUUAUUAGUAAAUAACUCAAACAUG